AUGUCGUUCAUGUGGCUUGUUUUGUUCUUCUGCUUCCUGCAAUUGUGUGCUGGGGCGCAAGACUUGAAAACGCAGUUUUUAAGCCCUCACAAUGACGCCAGGUCUCAAGUGGGCAUUGCUCCUCUGGUUUGGGAUGAUACUGUCGCUGCCUACGCACAAAACUAUGGUAAGCAAUGCAAGGCGGACUGUGCUUUGCAGCAUUCUAGCGGUUCGUAUGGAGAAAACAUUUUCUGGGGAAAAGGUAAGGAAUUGUCGCCAGUAGAUGCAGUGAAUGCAUGGGUUGAGGAAAAGCAAUAUUACAGUUAUAAUUCCAAUUCAUGUGCUCAAGGCCAACAAUGCGGACAUUAUACUCAAGUCAUGUGGAAAAAUUCGCAGAAGGUUGGCUGUGCCCGUGUUAAAUGUAAUGAUGGUGCCAUUUUCAUCACUUGCGAUUACGAUCCACCUGGGAAUUACGUUGGCGAAAAGACGUACUGA